GUACUUCUCUUGUCAAUUCACACGUUUCAGACCUCCAUCAGGCUUUGCAUUAUCUAGGAAGACGCGCUUCCCAUUUCUUUCCAGUUUUAGUUUGACGGAGUUCUAUUAUGGCUGCAAAUAUUAGUGAUACUGCGGCUGCCGCAUUUGUUUAUUCAUAUCUUCAAGAAAAAGAUCCAAAUUACGCUGAAGCUUUCAAGAAAAAAACGAAUGCACCAGCACUUCUCAAAGGAUCACCUUCACUAAAAGAUGUCAUCGAUCAUUUUCAAAAAACAUCCCCUUUGAAGAGACGGAUUUCACUGGAAAACAUGCCAUCGUCAAAAAAAUUGAAAACUGAAAGUAGUGACAGUGAGUCUGAUUCUGGAAUGGAUGAAACAAAACCUGCCCAAGUAACCAGUAAUGGUGUGUCACCAAAGACAAAUAUCAUGGCUAAACCAGUUGCAAGUGAUUCUUCUAGUGAAAGUGAUUCUUCUGAUGAAGAAACUCCAGUUGCUAAAACCACUCCUGUUAAAAUGUUGAACAAGCCUCAGGUGACCCCUGCAAAAGCUAUUGUACAGAAAAAGUCAGAUUCUAGUUCUUCAGACUCUGAGUCAGACUCCAGCGAAGAGGAAGUCCCCAAACCAGCAAAUGGGCCUAAAGCUGCAGUCAAAAUCACUGCACCUGUUAAACAGAUACCUAAAAAGGCUGAGUCAUCUUCAGAAGAGUCAGACAGUGAAGAUGAGACAGCACAGGUAUCGUUAAAGAAUACCCCAGUUAAAAUAGUGAAUAAGCCACAGACACCGGCUGCAAAAGCUGUAGCUGCUCAGAAAAAAUCUGAUUCAAGUUCUUCUGAUUCAGACUCAGACUCUAGUGAUGAGGAACCUCCAAAACAAGCAAAUGGACUUAAAGCUGCUCCUAAGAUUGCAGCUCCCACUAAACAGGUACCCAAGAAGGUGGAGUCUUCUUCAGAGGAAUCAGAUAGUGAAGAUGAGAUGCCACAAGCAAAACCAAACAAACCUACAGCUAACGUACAACCCAAGGUAAUUCAGAAGACGGUAAAAGAAUCCAGCUCAGAUGAAUCUGAUAGCUCAGAUGAAGAAUCUAAACCAAAUAAACAAUCAAAGCAAGCUACUAAGCCUCCGGUUAAACGUGAAAGUUCAGAUGAAUCUGACAGCUCAGAGGAGGAAGUACCAGCCAAGCCAGUGGUUAAAAUAGCAGUGGCUAAACCAAUCCGUAAAGACGAAGAGAGUUCUGAAGAAUCGGAUAGCUCGGAAGAUGAGAAAGUCAAGGCAGUACCCACUGUAUCUACGCCUGCGAAGAUUCCAACCAAACCAGCAUCAAAACAGGAUAGUUCAGAAGAUUCUGAUAGUUCUGAGGACGAAAAACCAAUGCAAAAAGCAGUCGCUGUUAAGCCAACUGUCAAACUUCCACCCAAAAAAGCGGACAGUUCUGAAGAUUCAGACAGCUCAGAUGAAGAUUCAACACCAACAACUGCCAUUAAAAAGGGUAACGCUCCUGUAAAAAAGCAAGAUUCAAGUUCGGAGGAGUCGAGCGAUGAAGAACCUGCGUCAAAACCAUUGCCGAAGAUAGUGACUCCUAAUCCUGUUUCUUCCAAAGUUGCCGAAAGUAGCGAAGAUUCUGAUGAGAGCUCCGAUGAAGAGAUGUCUACGCCAUCGAAAAAUACCUCAAAAGCGGCAGCAGACGUACGAAAUGGUACUCCUCAACAUGCUGAUCAGAAAACACCUACACAUAAUUCAUCUGGUACAUUUAGUAAGAGUCCUAGCGCUGUAGCUUCCACUACACCGAACGACCUAAACAGGUCUGCCAAUGGUGGAAGUGCACGCAGAACGCCCAACACUCCAUUUCGCCGUGUCCGAGAAGAAGAAAUUGAAAUAGACCAGAAAUUUACAGAUAAUUCUUUUAAUGCCAAGGAGGAAGAAGCUGGUGGUGAAGGCGUAGCUGCGAGACCCGGAUUUGGAUUUGGAAGGGGAAGCGGACAAAAUGGGUUUGGUAACAGGGGAAGAGGUGAAUCUGGCGAUCGCGGUGGUUUCCACCGUGGUCGUGGGAAUGGAGGAUUCGGUGGUCGUGGGAGUGGAGGAUUUGGCGGUCGUGGUGGGUUUUCAAAAGAUGGAGGUGCAGAGCAGGAUGGGACUUCGCCUAGUGGAAACAGAACAUUCGGGGGUUUCAGAGGAGGAUUUGGUGGAUCAAACCGUGGCAGCGAAGGCGGUUUUAGAGGUGGCCGUGCUGGAUUUUCCCGACCAGAACAAGACGCACAGGCCGGAGAUGCUACGAAUAACGACAGUGGCAAUCGUCGAGGAGGAUUUGGCGGGGGCUUUGGUGGUCCCAGUCGAGGUGGUUUUAGGGGUGGAAACAGUGGGUCAGAUAGAGGGCGUGGUGGUGGUUUUCGUGGUGGGAGAGGUUUUGGCAACAGAGGCUCUUCCGGCCCUAGUAUUCAAGCGAACUCCUCGGGUACGGGUGUAAACAAGAAAAUGGUGUUUGAGUAGUAGAUGAAGUUAAUUAGAGGCGCAAUGGGCUCGUGGGGUGAGCGUGCCAAUCAUGAUUUGAUACAUACCAAGGGCAAAAGCUUUCGACAUGAGAAGACGAAGAAAAAGCGAGGAAGUUACAAGGGAGGAGCCAUUUCGUUCGAAGUUAACUCCAUCCGUUUUGACGAUUAAUUCUUAUUACAUUGUUUUCUGACCCGUUUUAA